GUUCGUAUAGUCGACAAAAAUCUGUUGAUACAGAAGAGAGAGAGAGAGAAAGAGAGAGAGAGAGAGAGCAAGAAGAUAGAGUAGCAAAGAUGGAGCAAGAAGAGCACGAAGUGUAUGGUGCUGACAUUCCCGAUGAAGAGGUUGAUAUGGACGCAGAUGUCGACGCUGAACAACAAGAAGGAGACGAAGAACUUCCCUCCAAUCACACCACUAAGGAAUUGGAGGAUAUGAAGAAGAGGCUCAAAGAGAUCGAGGAAGAAGCUAGCGCCCUUCGCGAAAUGCAAGCCAAGGUCGAGAAAGAGAUGGGUGCUGUCCAAGAUUCUUCUGGAUCUUCUGCAACUCAAGCUGAAAAAGAGGAAGUGGAUGCUCGAUCCAUCUAUGUUGGUAAUGUUGACUAUGCAUGUACUCCUGAAGAAGUCCAACAGCAUUUUCAGUCAUGUGGAACUGUGAACCGAGUGACAAUAUUGACAGACAAAUUUGGUCAACCAAAAGGCUUUGCGUAUGUAGAAUUUGUUGAGGUUGAUGCUGUUCAAAAUGCUCUGAUAUUAAAUGAAACAGAAUUGCAUGGCCGACAACUAAAGGUGUCUGCGAAGCGCACAAAUGUUCCGGGAAUGAAGCAGUAUUUUGGAAGAAGACCUGCUGGUUUCCGAGCUAGAAGGCCUUUCAUGCCCUCGCCAUUCUUUCCAGCAUAUGGGUACGGAAGGAUUCCGAGAUAUAGAAGACCCACAAGAUACCGGCCAUACUAGUGCUUAUUCUCAAUUUAAUAGGUGGUUACAUCUUUAUGAUGAAGAUAAGGACAGAUCACCAUUAAUUUGUCAAUUGUAAUAAUUUUUAGUUGAUGGAACCAGAACAUGAAGCUUUUUUUUUACACCGCCGAAGUUAAAUUCCCUUGACUGUUAAGGAUGUACAUGUAUGAUAUCGACAAAGUAGGUUGAUCGCUUCGUUACAGAACUUAGUGUUCCCUGAGUCCUGGGAACUGGAGGUUUACUUACUCAUUAAUAGAGGCAAGUAUGUAGG